ACUGGCAUCCGCUUCUCACCACUGUUACUCUUCAUCCUCACUACGUCUUUCUAUCCAGAACAUAUCUCAGAAUCGUGCUCCCAUUCGUCGCGUUCAAAAAACUCCCUACCUCGCAUAAAAAUGGUUGUCGCAGUACCAUCAGCCUCUCUUGAGGGCAAAGUUGCUCUCAUCACAGGUGCUGGCCGUGGCAUCGGCCGUGGAGUCGCCCUCGAGCUGGGCAAGCGCGGCGCCUCGGUCGUGGUCAACUAUGUGUCCUCCAAGACCGCCGCGCAAGAAGUAGUCGACACGAUACACAGCUACGAGAAUGGCGCCAAAGCCGUGGCCGUGCAAGCCGACGUCUCCAAGGUAUCAGAGAUCACUCGGCUGUUCGCCGAGGCCAAGCAGGCCAUGGGCAAGAUCGACAUCGUGAUGAGCAAUUCCGGCGUCGAGAGCUGGGACAAGACGGAGGAGAUCUCGGAGGAGAAGUUCGACCAUGUGUUCAAUCUGAAUGCGCGCGCGCAGUUCUUCGUCGGACAGGCCGCGUACAAGAACAUCGAGGACAACGGACGCGUCAUUCUCAUGUCGUCGAUUGCGGCGGGUCUGCUUGGUGUCAAGGACCAUGCUCUGUACAAUGCAUCGAAGAUGGCGGUUAUUGGGAUGGUCAAGAGCUUUGCGACAGACUUUGGGAAGCGCGGUAUCACUGUCAACGGUGUUGCGCCAGGUGGCAUUAUGAGCGACAUGUUUACGCAGAACGCGUGGCAUUACAUUCCUGGCGGCACGCCUGAUAUGCCGGGCGAGAACGUCGAACAGCUCAUGAAAGACAGCUGUCCACUGGGACGAGUCGCCCACCCUGAGGAUGUCGCGAGGGUAGUCGCCUUCCUUGCAAGUGAAGACGGCGGUUGGGUUAACGGCCAGAUCAUGACCAUUAGUGGGGGCAGUUCUCAGUGAAACGAAUCAUUGUCAAUCAUGGAUUCUACAUCACUGUCACGGAGGAUUUCGGUAGCGGUCAAGCAUUUCGGCGGGUCAAGCGGCAUUGCAUUUGUACAACUCGGGGAGCAUUGUGAGUACAAUGGUUCACGGGUGUUAUGAUAUCACGAGCAACGGUAGCACACGGGUUGAUACAGUGCGAUUGUCGGUUUGUAAGAAAAGAAAAGUUAUAAAGUCUCUAUUCC